CUGCCCGGGGACAAGAUGUAAUGCUAUACGAAGGCUGUUUCCGAUAGAGUUGGGUGAUAUCUCACAAAAAUUGGCAUCAUUAGCGCGGUUUGGUUUUGUUUGUGGUGGAUGAUAUUGAUGAUUAUGACAGCCCAUAUUUAGCGUGAGCUUGGAAAAGCCACUGUGUGGAACUCAUUCAAAUGUGUGACUGUGCAUAUAUGCAGGUCUUCAAGGCGAGCGAGGUGCUUGGGGACGGCCCCAGGUGUAGAGGUGUGAAUCUUUAACACACGAUGUUCGAUGACGUACUCGACUGGGAGAUCGUUUUACAUAUCGCAACUGAAAGGUAACGACACUGUGUAUUUAUGUCCUGCAAUCACAAUCGACUUCAACAGCGCCCUCCACGGCGAUGGAGCGUCCAUCUAUGGAUGAAAUGCAACCUUUACCAGCAAAUGUCAAGGACGAUGGACCUGAUGAGCCAAGUCCAUCUUCUGAAAAUCGACCGUCGAGACCCUGUGAUUUAUCUAAUACAUCCCUACAUAGCAGCAAUAAGUCCUCACCAACAAAUGAAAGCAAACCACAAGACAGUAGUCCGACGCACUCUUCACCCUAUGGGAACGUGUCUCUUGAGGCAUAUGCCAAAUCGCAGAAAGGUCAAGGAAGUCCGCAGUCCCAGAAGACAGGACCGGAUAAAGAUGAGUCUAAACCUCGACGGUGGAGAUGGUGUAAUCCAGUCCAUAUCUGCCUAGUUCUGGGAAUGGCAGUAGCGACCGGAAGUGUAGCCAUGACUGUGUGCGGAUACAUGUCCUAUCAAAUUGCCUUACGAACAGUCAUCGUAGGAAACGAGACAAUAACAACGAUUGAUAACGAAUUACAGAAAGACAUCGAUAAAUUCAGAACGUUUGGGCCCGUCCUUAUAGGUCUCGGGUCAUUUAUAUCAAUGUGUGCAUGUGUUUUAAUGUGCGAAGCACGGGACGAUAAGAAAAGAGAAGCACUGAAACAACUUGCAGAAGAUGAAGAGGACGAAGAUUACAUGACCAGACAAGAACACAUGUAUGCCUUGCAGCGCGAGGUCAUGGAAUGUGAAGCCAGACAUAAGAGUUGUCCUCUGUAUCGUGAGGCGCUGGUUAGUCAACACGCAAGACAUCUUGAAGAAGUAGCUUACGCGGAUGAAUCAUCACACAGUUCACCCGUGGUUCUGGUGCAUGGACCAAGUUUAGCAGAAGAGAAACGACGAAAUGAUUCACAGGAGUCUAAUGAGAGCGAAGCAGCUAAAGUAACUUUACUACGCGAACCUCCGAAAAUAGAGACGACGGACGUUACUAGUAUACCGACAUGUUCAAACUAUCUAGGACCAGAGACUGAGGUAGAAACGUCCUUCACUGCAAGCCCGCGGACAACCCGAAAGGGCAUUAUUUCGGCUUCGCCUCCAAUUCACCCGAAACACGCCAGACCCGAAAGACCGUCCAAUCUUCCACCAAUCAAGUCAAGAAGUGUCAAUGGUCCUAUUUCAUUUCACGGUGUUCCACCUGCACCAGGUGUGUGUCUUUGUGGUGAAGAGCCCACUAGGACGCCUUCUAAGGGUGGAAAGACAAAACGAGCUAAACGAGGCACCGAACGAAAGAAAGACAAAACUAUUGAGAACAAGACUACAGGGUCGGACUCGGGGUCAACAAAAAGUGUGCCGAAAUCUAGUAAAAGCGUAGCUUCACAGAAUACAGAUCUAGUAACACACGUUAAUCCUUUGCAUGAUAUUCCACUUGACAGUUUUCCUAGUAGCCAGAAGUCGCCUCACCGGACACAGACAAUGGACAAGCAUAGACCAAAAUCUACUGGUAUCGUUUCGUCAAGUAAUCGAUCAGGUGCUACUGCUUCGUUAGUACCCGUAGAAACACCACUAGAGAAUCGUUUGACUAGCUCGAAAGCAAGUAAGACUCAAGGUCAUAAAAACCCAGGGAGUGAUCCGGAAGACGUCUGGGUCAAGCAACAGACACAUGACCUGCCAAAUAAUAAUAAUGACACGAGUGGCAGUGACAAAAUUAUUUCUCAAACAGACGUAGGUGGCGCUAUUGGCAAUCCCGUUCCGGACACAAUGAUUAAUAUCAACGACAGAGCGUGUGAUAGCAACUCAAAUGUACCUUCUAUGUCUUCCAUCCAGCUCUCACCUAAAGCCACUCCCUCCAAUGCCGUGUAUGACGUCAUACAUGCAAAAUCGCCACAUGCGCAUUCGUCAAAAAGUGAAGUUGUUUUAUGAGAGCAAAGCUAUAUA